GAGAUGGUCUCUCUGAAAACACCAGUUUGGAGCGGGGCUUACAACAGAUUGUAGCAACAGACACAACGACACAACAAAUUGGAACCGCUAAAGGAUACUAUACCAUUAUGAAUGUAAAUUGCGUCGUAAUUCUGCAGAUCCUUUGCAUGAUGGUUAUACUAAGUAAUACGAACGCCAUACCCAAAUAUGACGAAGGUCAAAAAUUCAAUUCUGAAAAAAUUCAGCGUAAUCGAUCAUACUACAACGAAAAUAAGACACAGCUGAAUGAGCCGCAGACAGCCUCAACUAAAGAUAGACUUGAACGGCUGGGAUACACGACAGGCUACGGCUCUUUAAAUGGAUAUCCUGGCGGUACAGGACUAUCAGCGUAUAAUCCCAUAAAACUGGAUCUCGGUGGCGUGGUGUUGGGCACGCUGGUCGGCAUUGGUGCCAUUAUACUAAUACCCAAAAUUCUGUCCGCUUUUCAUGGUGGUUACGGAGGAUAUGGACGAAGUGAGGAUAAUGAUCUUACGUCUCUCAGCACAAUGAUAAGCAAAAUUGACGAUGUACUGAGUCAGAAUAAUAUUGAUUCUACCAGCUGCAUGCAGCGCACAGUUUGCGGGUAUGUUCGAUCAACUGAAUAUAACAUGAAGGGUGGAACCUCGGACCAAAUGGACGAAUUUAUUCAUAUGCUUUCAGAAAAUGUAUUGGUGGACUACCUUUUGGAUGGGACGGCUAUAAAAGAGGCAUUGGAAAUUGGAAAGCGCGAAAACGAUAAACCAUGCGAAGAAGUGUACUCCAAUUGCCCUUUGGACAGUAAAUCCGCGUCAAAUAUUCUUCUAAAGCUUCUUCCUAAGAAAAACUCACACGGAAAGCGGACACCUGCUGUGCUUUUCGGAGAAAAGAAAGCAUAGCCAAUAUGAUUGGAUUUUUAAUAAGUUUUUUAUUUUUAGCAUAUUACAGGAACCAUUACAAAAUAUUAUUCCAUUAACAAAAUAAACAUUUAAUUUUUGUUUUUAA